AUGACAUUAAGCCCUGUUCACAUCGUGCAGCCUCGGUAACGCAUCGGUGAGUUUCUCGUAGCGUUUCUAGACGCAUGUGUCGUCGUCGCCGACACAUAAUAAAGAACAGUUACGAAUAAUUACGGAGCGUCCUAUCACCACGUAGAAUACCGUCAGCUAGCGAACGAAUCAGAGAAAUCCGGUGGAAAUUACAGGGGAGACUUAUUGCACGGCGUGUAAUAAGUCGGUUCUUAUUGCGCAGCUCGAGAAUGCGAGCGCACGAUUUUAAGGAAUUUCUGGAGAAAAGAUGCGAGUCAGCUAACAGUGGUUAGCAGUGUUGCCUUGUCCCGUGAGCCUUGUCUAUAGUGAUAUAUACGAGAGUGUGCGUACACAAGCAAGCCAGUGCGGUGCAUAUUCGGUGUACGAUAAAAAUCGUUGCUCGGCGGAACCUUCUAAUACCCGUGGUAUACGCGAGGUGUGUUGUGUGUAGUGUCCCGUGAAGGUCGUGAACUUUUUAUCAAGAUCAUUCGAGAAGCUCGCGCGCACGAGAAAGCAGAGCACGGAGAAAGAGCAAGAGGUUUUUAAAAAGAGAAAAAAGGGGAAAGGUGGACGAUCCUCCGCGAAAAGCCUCGGUAAAAUGGCGGUGAUCGGUACUCCGAUUGGCGCUAAGCGAUAGAAGAGGAUCGCUGCUCCCUAUUCACGCUCGCCAAGUUUUGUUUUGAUCCUCUAGUUCGGCACCUAUCCUCGCGGAAACCGGCCGAUCCACCUUCACUUCAAAUCAUCCGGUUUUACACUUCUCGGUCUCGGGACACCAUCUUUUCUUUUCUUUUCUUUUCUUUUCUUUUUUUUUUCUUUUUUGAUCUUUCUUUUCCUUCUUACCAAUUAUUACGAAAUUAACAACGGCGUCCCUAUUGACCGUCUCAGCGAGGUGAUACAACCGUAGUCGAGGACGAUCAAGGUGGUUGAGGGGAAACCACCGACGAAUCGGUUUUCCACGGCCCGUGAUGCCGCAUCGUUCCGACCUCGAAUUCAUCGAAAGGCCACACGACAAGGACGACUCUAUCGAAUCCUUGUCGGCUUAUCUAUAGGUAAGUCCCGUGCCACGAGUGCAUCUCCGCUUUCACCGCUUUUACGCGUUACCUCGCUUCUGUUUUCGUCCCGUUGUUCUCGAGUUCUCGAGUUCGUUCGUUCGUUCGUUCGUCGCCACGGGACUUGUCAAUUUCAAAUUAGCAGGCAUAAUUUUGAAACGAGGUUUUUUUCCACCCCCUUCCCCUCGGACGGAGUGCCGUCCGUUUGUUAUUAUUUUGUACGAAGCCGAGAACGAAGCCUUAAGUUAGGUUAGGCCCUAGAAACCGAUGACUUUGCAUCUUAACGAGAACACAGCCUGUUUUCAUUCGUGUUGUCCUUCUAACGGUACGAGCUUCUCGAAUAUCAAAAAUUUUCACCGACAAGCCUCCUCGCCGUUUCGUUUUCCAGGCAAAUUCCUUUGUUUACUCCAGAUUGUUCUCUCUUCGUUUUUCUUUUGCAAUCGACGACGUGUGCGCGAUUCCCUUAUAUAGAUUCUUCGAAAAAUAACCACGUAACUACGACCGCGGUGUGUUUUGUUGCGAUUUGUCAUGUUUUCAAGGCUUAUCGAGAGAAUUGCUAUUUGCUGCUCUGCAAAUCGAACGUCGUGUCACAUUCGACCUGUGCUCUCUGUUUUAUGCGUCUUUUCAAUCGAUACAAAUUUCUGUUUCGUUCGUGCCGUAAUAUCGGGGGAUUUUUUGGUCAAACGCACAAUGGAAGGAAAAAUUAUCGAUUUAAAGAUAUUCGCGUAUUAAUGAUAAUGAUUCUAUUUCUGGCGUUUGCAUUGCCUUUGAAAAGCCAUAUGGACGAUUUUUUUUAACUGAUACCAAAAAAUUACAGCAGUAUUUUUAUUUCAUGUCAUUUCGUUGUUUUAACGAAAUUUUCUUUUUUUUUCUUUUUUUCUUUUUUUUUUUUUUUGUUUAGCGAACUGACGAAUUUUGUGACUCUCGCGUGGAGUAAGAAUUUCACAAUAAAGACAAUUCUCGUGCAGUGUAAGGAAAAUUUGUGAAACACUCCAAUAUUUGUUUUCUAGAAAAUUAAUGUUUCGUGCAGUUGCAAAACAUAACUCCAAUUGUGAAAGUAUGAACUUCAUUAACAUGAUUAUAUUUAUUGAUCAGUAAAUAUGAUGAGACAAAUAUUAUAUAAGUUGGAUCUUUUUAUUAAUGACAUAAUGAAAAUUAUUAACAGUGAAAGGAUGAAAUCAAAUAUUAUGUAACAAUUGACACUGAUUUCGAUAGUAUGAUUAAUUUUGGGAAUAUAGUGAGAGAUACUAGUUGAAAUUGUAUUACAUUAUAUUUACAUUUUACGAAGAUUGUACCAGUAUUUUAUAAAUGCAUUACAAAACAAUGUUUCAGAUUUUAAAUUCUUAAAAAGGAACCUUCAAUCUGCCAAAAUGAAAAUUGAUCGGAAUAGAUUGAGAAAGUACACAUCAGAAGCGGUAUGUAUUAUUUCAAAGACACAUAUUUGAACAUGGAUACAUUUUUUACCAGAAUAUGCUGCUGAAGAAUAUGCUGAAUAAUGUUUACAUGAACCAAUAAAUUUUUAGCCAGCAAAAUGUCAGGCGCUUAUAAACAAGCUACGCUCGUGCUCCCAUGCAGAAUUGCUAGAGGAGCUAAAGCAAAUAGAUGCAUGGACUUUCGGUAAAUGUGAACUGUUUCAUUGGGUUGAUGUGUUAGAUCUGAGUGACAGCAUCUUGGAAGAAGCUGCAGCUAAAAGUCCAGAUAAUCCAUGGGAAUUAGCUUGUGAUCUUCCUCAAAAUAGAGAGGCAAAAGAACUUCUCCUUUGGGUUCUCCAUCUUACAACAUUAUUAAUUGAACACUCAUACUCGCGACAUUUGUAUAGCAGUAUGGAGCAUCUAGUGACUUUGCUAUCAAGUUGUGACAUGCAUGUUGUCCUUGGUGUAUUAAAUAUUCUCUAUAUGUUCAGUAAACGUAGCAAUUUUAUUGCACGUUUAAACAGUGACAAAAGGCAAGCUUUAUUAAGUAGACUCACUCUUCUGGCAGAGCCACUUCCAGCAAGUGCCACAACAUUGCAUUUUGAGUUCUACGCAGAAAAUCCCACAACAGAUACGAAUUCGACCUCAACCACUGGUACAAAGAAAUCUGGACAGACGAAUUUUGUAACAUGUAUACAUAUAGAAAAUGUGGACAAAUUGGGUAAAACUCCAGCACAAAUUAUGAAUGAUUUGUUAAAAGUCAAUAAUGUACCCCAAGAUCGACAGAUUGCGUUGUUCACACAUAUAAGACUGGCACACAGUUUCUCUGACUACCGAAGACGAUUGCAAUGUGUGCACGCUCGGCUACAAGCAUUAUCCAUACUUGUAUAUAAUAGCGAACUUGAAGAAAAUGCACAUAGUUUGCUACAUCCUGGGCUUUUAGAAGAAUUAGUUGAAUUAUUGGAACUUCCACACGCACAUCUUGUUGAAUUACGGGCAGCUGCACUACGAACUCUUACUAGUAUUAUUCACUUAGAUCGCAAUCCACAUUUUCCAAAAAAACCAAGUUCAAGAUUAAAUAUGAUAAUCGACGUUACUGGAGCUAAUUCGUAUCACGGAUUUUUUCCCGUAUUAAUACGCACGUGUAUUUCAACAUUAAUUUCUCCACAACCUGAAGGACAACCGUUUCCUUUGUCGCUUGCAACAGCACUCUUCAGCUUUCUUUAUCAUCUUUCGAGUUACGAAGCAGGUUGCGAAGCUCUCGUUAGUUGUGGAAUGAUGGAAAGUUUGUUAAAAAUAAUGAAUUGGCCUGGUAGUGAGUUUGAACAUUUAACGUUUGUAACAAGGGCAGUUCGUGUUAUAGACUUGAUAACAAAUAUAGACAUGCAAGGAUUCCAAGCUCACGGUGGUUUGGCGAGUUUUAUUAAUCGACUCGAUAUGGAAGUGAAUGUUUGCAGGAAGGAACAACCUUUCGAGAUAGAACCGAUACAUUAUCAGGAUAAUUCACAAGCCACUCGUGAAAGAUCUAUGGAUCGCGAUGAAAACUCUACGUCUUCACGCACGUAUGAUGAACGCGAGGAAUCUUCAAAUCCUAUGGAAUUUUCAGAAGAUGAGAACAUGAGUUCAAAAACCGAUGACAAGAACGAACAAAUGCCAGAUUAUUCAGCUGGAAAAACAGGGAAAACCUGUCUACCACAACGAGUUACACUUUUGAAAGCGCUGUUGAAUUUUAUUAAGAAGAUUAUCCAAGAUCCCACAUUCUCCGAUAGUAUUAGACAUGUUAUGGAGGGUACUUUGCCCUCUUCUUUGAGACAUAUUAUUAGUAAUUCAGAAUAUUAUGGUCCAUCUCUGUUCCUCAUUGCAACGGAUGCUGUAACGGUGUAUGUUUUCCAAGAACCAUCUUUGCUAUCGUCUUUGCAGGAUAAUGGAUUAACCGACCUCGUAUUACAUGCUUUGUUGAUUAAAGAGAUUCCUGCUAGUAGAGAAGUUUUGGGGUCACUGCCUAAUGUGUUUAGUGCUUUGUGUUUGAAUCAACGUGGACUAGAAUCGUUUGUAAAACGACGUCCUUUUGAACGCUUGUUCAAAGUGUUAUUGUCUCCGCUUUACUUACCUGCAAUGAAUCGACGUCGAAGCACAGAUCCUUUGGGUGAUACAGCUUCGAAUUUAGGUAAUGCAAUGGAUGAAUUAAUGAGGCAUCAGCCAAGUCUGAAAGUCGAUGCAAUUGCUGCUGUUAUAAAGCUAUUAGAAGAACUUUGCGUAUUGGGUUGUGAUCCUCGUUACAUAUGCCUGCAAGCUGAAGAUAAAUUCGACAAUUCUCAAUCGAAUACGACUACUGGAAAUCGCCAGUCCUCUGGGCAAUCGGUCGGAGUAGGAGUUGGAGACUCCAGUGGAGGAGGAGGCGGUGGAAGUGGAAGUAGUAGCGAUGAAGAAGAGGAAGACGAAGAGGAAGCCAGUACAAGUUCUCACCCACAACGUGAGGAACAGUGUUCGUCGUCCACUGCUCAGCCAGUUCCACCACCUCAGCCUAGGGAAAAGACUCCAAUAGCUUUAAUGGAAUAUAUACAAAAUGUUACAAAAUUUGUUGACGCUAUUUUAAGUAACAAUUCAACGGACGAUCACUGCAGAGAGUUCGUUGCCCAAAAAGGUCUGGUGCCGCUUCUGUCAAUUUUAGGACUACCGAAUCUUCCUGUCGAUCAUUCCGUUGCGCAGACAGCGCAGGCUGUGGCGACAGUUUGCAAAAGUAUUUUAAAUCUCGCACACGAGCCGCUAGUCCUCAAAACUGGCUUGUCCCAGUUGAAUGAAGUUUUAAAUCUGUUGAAACCACUGUACAACUACAUGGAAGCUCCAGGAGGGUCUGUUUUGUUACAUGAGCUUGUCAAUGCUCCGAAUUUGGAAACAGCCUUUACCAGUGAUACGGCGACGCCGUUGCUUCAUGCUAUGAAUGCUGCUUACGGAUAUAUAAUAAUGUUCGCACAAGUGUGCCGUACCAGUCAGAGCGAAAUCAGAAAUUUGGCUAUGAAUCAUUGGGGCUCAGAGCUCGGCCUGACUGUCCUCAAGGGCUUGUCGGAAUUGUAUACAGCUCUGAUUUGGGAAAGCACAGCGUUAUUAGCCCUCACUACGGAAGAUUUUAUCCCGGCUGGUUGUGACUUUGGGAAAGAAGAUAUGGAUAAGUUAAUACGUCCUGAAUCAACCAACGAGGGCGAAAGUUCUGGUUGGUCUGGUGCUGCUUCCUCGGAUAUGGGGAGUAAUGGAAUGACUACCGCCAUGGAAGCUCUAAGUACAGACCCACCCCCUGUUCCUAUGGAAGUAGACGAGAAACCAAGCGUUAGUACGGGAAGAAUAUCUCCAAACUCUCAUCGAAUUACAUACCCCAAGCACUUGCUAGGACUCACGUCUAAAAUGGGUAGAGCAUUGGCAGAACUCUUUGCCAUACUCGUAAAGCUUUGCAUGGGUUCUCCAAUUAGACAACGCAGAGGACAACAAGUGCCUCCAAUACCAGCUCUCCCUUCACAAGCAUCUAGAAGCGUAGCGACUGCAUUAAAUUGCGUAUUAAUUCGUGGAUUAUCGUGGGACAAAUUACCGCCGUCAACCGUACCAAAGCUUCAAGUGACCUUCUUGAUGUGUACUCUGAGUUUCGUGUCUCCAGCACUAUUUGAUGAAAAGGGAUAUCCGUUUCAUCUGAUGCUCCAAAAAUUUGUCAAGCUAGGCGGGCAAAACGCAUUUUUCGCCGCUUUCCAUUGGGUAUUAUCUGGAGGAGGACAGUUUCCACUGUCUGAAGGAUUAGAACACCCGAAUUUGCCUGACUGUACCGGAGAAUUCCUAGAUGGUUGGCUUAUGAUCUUAGAAAAAAUGGUAAAUCCCAAGACACUCCUCGACUCGCCAUACGUUGUUUCUUCAAAAUGCACUGGAAUAUACAAAGUGUACGAAACAUUCGAUCCUAUAAAAUAUCUCACGGACAUUCACAAGGAAGCCUUCGAGGCAGUAAUGUUAAUGUGGGGAAAGAAACCUUUGAAAAAUUACGGAGUUCACAUGACAGAACUUAUAUUAUCCAUUUUACGACAUAUUCUACGAAGUGAGCAAAUCAUUAAGGAACACGCUGAAAAGGAGGAAAACAAUGAAGGAGGUGUCAGUGGCAGUAGCAGUGGAACUAGUGGAAUUGGUAGGAGUGGAACGAUAUCUGAUCGUAGAGAAGAACCAGAAGCAGAUGUAAAUCCGGAACAUCUCAGACAGUUAAUGGACAUGGGCUUCAGCAGGGCUCAUUGCAUAGAAGCUUUACUCCAUACGUUAACGGUUGAACAGGCCACUGAUUAUCUGUUGAGUAAUCCGGCUACCUUACGUAGAUCGGAUGUGCCAACGAGUGAUGUAAGCGGGCAGGAUCUGAUAAUGGAUCUGGAGUUGGUAGACGAUGAUCAAAUAAUGCACGCGAUAGCAAUGUCGCUUGGUGAAACGACGGAAACGCGAAAAGUUUUCAGCGCAGAAGAGUCUACUGCGCGCGAAGCUACCACCAUCACAGAGAGUAUAGACAAAUUCACGCAGAACGCUUUGAGCCAGUGCCUGAAUUUGUUGGACCUCAUGCCUGACACAGUAUACAGAAUCUGCGAUUUAUUGGUCGCCAUCGCUAAAAGAAAUGGAGACGAAUGGCGUGAUAAUAUGUUACGACAGCUCAUGAAAGAAAUUGGCAGCCUAGUGGAUUAUUUGAUCGAAGUUGCCGAGAGCAACGAUCCGAACGCUGGAGUAAAAUUAGUAGAAUGCAAAGAAGCUAAUAAAGUUACUGGACGUAUUUACCUGUACACGAUGUUUUUCGAGGGAACGUUCCAGGAAAUGCGAGUACCCUGCGCUCAGAUUGUGGAAGAGUACGCUAUUUUGAACAAACUCGUACGUUUGCUAGUGGUGAGCGAGGGUCCAUUGACAGCAAGUAAAAAUAAAAUCACCAAAGAGAGUAGCAAGGAUGCGUCGUCCGCGAAAACUAGGAAAUGGCUUGCACCUUUAUUGUUGCUAAUCGAACGUUUAGAGAAAGUGGCGGUACUAACAAAGAGGAAAGAACUGAUGUACAAGGUAACAACUAGGAUGUGGAAGUGGUUCGAUCUGAGCACAGGAAAAUGGAAUCUAUAUUCUCCAGUGAAUAAUCGAAUAAUUAACGAUGCAUACUGGGCUGGUGAGUCGAGUACCAGAGUAACGUGUAACCGACGACGAUACGUGAUCAAUUUCUCUUGCAUGACUCAAACUAACGAAGAGAGCGCUAACAGAAGACCUAUUACGAUGGGCUUUAAAUUGCACACCGGAAACGAAGAUGGUAGUUCUGACUCGAAUAUGGACACCGAUGAAAACCGAGUGGAGGAUAAACGGAACACAGUCCUGCAAGGAUUAGAUCCUAGUAUGGCUCCAAGCAUCAUACGUGCUUGUGUGAGAUUGAUGGCUAUUCCAGUGGAUCGAGAUGCUUUACACGCAGCCAUGAAAGUUUGUCUGCGACUUACAAGGGACUACGAAAAUGCCGGGAUAUUUGUACGCGAAGGUGGCGUGAAACUUCUCCUGGAAAUGUCUCAGGCGAGUAGUUUCAUUGGAUGCAUAACUUUGAGCACCCUCCUGAUAAGGCAUGCUUUGGAAGAACCAUGUACUCUUCGAUUAGCCAUGGAGAAGGUAAUCCGUAGUCGCACUCAGGGAAAUAUUCCUCCAGCGUGCAAAGAGAUCUUGUUCAUGACGCGUCAGAUUAACAGCGCUGUUUGCCGCAAUCCAGAAGUUUACAGAGAGGUCUGUGAAAACAUUUUAAGAGUUGACAUACGACUGUUGGGAAAAGAGGACGACGACAAUAGAUUAAUCGUGAAAGCACUUCCACCAAGUCAUUCGUCAGUGAUGCCAAUGGUAGAGAAAACCUCUAUAUCUGUUGUGAAGGAUCUUCUGAAUGCUCUUAUAAAACCCAUGCCGGUUGUUUCUGACGAAAAAUCGUCGACACCAACGAGGAGUCCGGAGAAGAAGGCGGCCUAUUCCAACGUUGGAGGUUCGUCUUCUCGACGAGAUGUUCUCAGAAAUAACACGACACCGAAUGAUACUAUCGAAGACGAGGACCAAGUCUCUCAAAUAAUACCGAUGAAGAUUUACCCAGACAACAGCAGUAACAGUAAAGUGGAACCGGAAGAGGCAGAGAAACCUUUGCUGACAAAAUCAGCUAUUCUAAAGAUUCUCGCGGAGAGCGUUCGCUCAUACAGUGCAGUGGCAAGUCUGAUCACGGAGCACGUGUAUCGAGGAGGACAAAGUGAAAUGGUACCCGAAUAUACGACAGCUCUUGCUUUCCUUCUAGACAAGCUUUUGCCAAUGUCACCAGAGAAUUCAACCGACAAACAAUGCAGCAGUAUGGCGAGAAUGUUGAUAGCUGCUAUUGCCUCUUGCAACCACUCUCCAGAUGUACAAACCACUUUAGUAACUGAAGUGAAAGCAGCCUUAACGAGAACCUUGGCUCUCCCCGAAAGCACUGAGAAGCAUGCACAGCUUCAACUGUUAGUUGGUUUGAUUUCUACGAUGAUCGAUAGUUGCCCACCAACUUCCUAUAAUCAAUUGAGAACCUCCUUAAAAAUGCAUCAGUAUAACAAUGUCAAUUAUAUUGUCAGAAUUAUGCUGAGGAAAGGAAUAAUUACUGAUCUGGCUAAGAUUCCACACAGUUUGGAUCUUUCAAGUCCAAACAUGGCUGCUACUAUCAAUGCAGCUCUAAAGCCAUUGGAAACGCUAUCGAGAAUCAUAAAUCAACCAAUGCCAGGAGCUGUUAACAGUAAAUUUUCUAAACCAAAAAGUAGAACGGUUCAGGAGGAACCUAUCGGAGAACAAACAGGAACUACAACGUCUGAGGCGACACAUGCCGUUGGGGAGGAAACGAAUGAAGAUGCAGAGAACACGGAGCAUGACAUAUCUGUCACUGCUGAGAGUUUGGAACCCACUUCAGAGAGCCAAGUACACGAGGACGAAGCUGCUUUAGAAGAUAUUAUGGAUCAGCUUCUUGAAAGGGACGGGCCGGGCGUGACGGAAGAUCAGUCUUCUCGACCGCACAGGCCAAUGGACAUUGAUGAGGAAAGCCUUGCAAUACGGGAUGGGGAAGCUGACUUUGAUCCCACUCGAGAUGCUACGGAAGAUUUGAUGAGUUCUGAUUCAGAUUCAGACAGCAAUCCAUCCGACGAUAAUGAAGACGAGGUACAAGAUGAUGAGGAUGAAGAGGAAGAGGAAGAGGAUGACGGAGAAGAAAACGAAGAGGAAGAAGAGGAAGAAGAAGAAGGAUCUUCAAAUUAUGAGGAAGAUGGAAUAGAAUUUUACGAGGACGUAGGAGAAAGUGGUGUAUUCCGAAUGAUCCCAUCUACGGAUCGUGACGGUAGUAGCGUUGUGAUGAUACGACAUAAUAUCGAUAAUCAGGACAAUGUGAAUUCUUCGACUACGGUCACACCACGAUCUAGUCUUCCAUGGAGCACAACAUUUCCUCUUCCUUUGGGCCUAUUCGAAAGCCCUCCGAUUUCCGAAAGUAGUGGUAUUAAUUCUCACUCGUUGCUAAUACCACAGAGCGGUUUGGACGCUAGUAACACCAGAGGUCAGAGAACUGUACGGCCACGAAGAUAUCAAUAUCUUCAGUUACAAAAUCCACGAAAUCCAAAUCCACCAGUAAUAUUGCAAAGAUUGUUAGGUCCGGCUGGACAGGGGUUCCCAUUGUCUGCUAGUCAAGUCCUGGCUUCCAGUUUUCGGGAUACACGUGUUGUCGUCAUGGAUAACGGUGUUGGAAUAUUGACGAAUCAAGAAGAAGAACAAAUAGACUUUGUGGAUCAGUCUGGUUAUCUUUUUGGAUCUAAUCUUACAAGCACUGUGAAUAAUACUCCUACUGCCUUACAUUGGUGGAUCGAAGAAAGCAAGUUAUUAGAUGGAGAUUCUCAGACAGAUUGUUGUGUCGGUGUUGUACAUAAAUUAAUUCCUGGGCUGGAAAAACGUAAGAACGCAGAAUUAGGAGAGCGACGGGAGAGACGUAAAAUGCAGUAUACUUCUGAAAAGAAAGGUGAAAAAGAUAACAAGGAUGGAAAGGAUCACUUAAAUAAUACAGAAUCUGGUUCUUCUACUAUAAUAUCCAUGGAUGAACAGAUAUCAACUGCGUCGACAUCGCAAAGACAAGAUACGAAUAAUUUUGUUCCUUUUGAAACCUGCGUAGAAACGCCACGAUUAGAACGUACUCUCGAUGAAGAUAUAAUUGACGUGACUGGUGAAAUGGAUGCAACAAUCCAAGAAGAUGAAGAACGACCCCCACCUCCACCACCGGAAGAACAACCGACUGAACCCAGAGAUCCUCGAAUGAGUAAUCGAAAUUCAGCUUUAGAACUUGCCGAGAGUAUAGUGGACUCUGUGCUUGGACCUUGUGCAUCUGAAGCAAGCAGAUUAAGACAAUCUGAACGAAACAUUGAAGGAUCUAAUACUAAUGAAACAUCUAGUCGACCCAAUACGUCCAUAGUUGUUGAUUUCAGUCAGGAACCUAAUGAAGACCUAUUGAGAGAAAGUGAUUCGUCCGAAUGGAUAAGGAUCCUUACAGAUGACAGUCAGUCAAAUGUCGAACGAAACGCGAAUAUACUGAAUCAAGGACCUACCACUUCCGCAUCUGAAAAUGUUAAUCCAGAAACGCCAGAACAACAACAGCAACAACAGCAAGAACCACCGCCACAAGAGCAACAGCAGCAGCAACAGGAGCCACAACAAUCUCAAGAACAAUCGCAGCAGCGACAGCAACAAAACCAACAAUCCCAAGAACAACAAUUACCUGAUGGCGUGGAUCCGUCUUUCUUAGCCGCGUUACCAGAAGAUAUGCGUGAUGAAGUUAUUGCUGAACAGCUUAGGCUUCAACGAAUCCGACAACGAGCACAGGCAACCGUAGUUGAAGAAUUAACUGGUCCGGUAGAAGUCAAUCCAGAAUUUUUAGCUGCUUUGCCUCCAGCAAUUCAAGAAGAAGUUCUUGCACAACAACGUUUAGAACAACAACGACACGCAGCUGCAAGCGCCAAUCCAGAAGAUCCGGUUGACGCAGCUGCAUUUUUCCAGAAUUUGCAACCUUCUCUUCGACAAGCGAUUUUAACUGACAUGGAAGAAUCACAGAUAUCAGUUCUUCCGCCAGAUCUAGCCCAAGAAGCUCAAAAUCUUCGAAGAGAAUGGGAAGCUCGAAAUAGACACAUAAUGCAAGACCGAUUUCUUAAUCACGUUAGCCAAGGAAAUGCUGCUUUAUCCAGUAUAUUGCGGAAUUCUAGUAGAGGUAGAGGUGGCGGUACACGUUACGCGAUUCAUACCGUAGCCCAAAGAGGGUGGCAGUCAUGGGCACAUGGUGAUCCUAGUAUAACGCAUCACGGAGCCGGUCUACGACUCAGAGGCAGACAAUUAUUGGAUCAUGAGUCAAUGGCUUGUGUAUUGGUAUUACUGUUUGUUGAUGAACCAAAAAUUAAUACGUUAAGGCUUCAUAGAGUUAUCAGGAAUCUUUGCUAUCACGGUAGCACAAGGGAAUGGGUAGUUAGAGCCUUACUAAGUAUCAUGGAAAGAAGUAACGAUGAAAAUAAAGAUAUAGCUAUGGAUUUUGGUGGAAAAUUCAGAAGGAAAAGUUUAGUACCCAUGAUGCACCACGAUUAUUGUGCCCCCAAGAUAUUUGACCAAAGAAGCAAUGCACAGUCAUGGUUAAACAUUAGUAUCGAUGCUGCACUUGGAUGCAGAGCAAACGUUUUCCACAUUGUCAGACACGGUGGUAAAAAGUCAGAAAGACAAGGCAGUAGCAUUGCCAUUCAUCCACAAGCAGCACCUACAGUAUGUAGACAUACAUUAGAGUUACUAAUAUCGUUGGCUAAAGGUUUUCCUGGCUAUUUUGUGCCAAUUAAGUCAAAAGAGACAGACGAGAAAGAAAGCAACAAAGAGAAAGACUCGAGUAAUAAAGAAGAAACCGGUUCAAAAGCUAAAUCCACGUCGAAACCUGGAAAAAGCGAUCAACCAGACUUCUGGGAUAUGUUAUUGAAACUCGACUCGUGUGCCUCGAAGAAAGGAAAAUCGGUCGCAAGAUCGCAUUCAAAUUCGAACUUAGGAAACGAUUCUGAGCAUAAUACGACCACGUUUGAAUCCUCUGCUUUUGGUCAAUUAAUUUCAAUGCUUAACUGGUCGGUCAUUAAACGCAGCAGCCAAUUGACGGACAAAGUGUUAAAAUUACUGUCAUUAAUUUCGAUCGGAUUAACGGAAGUGAAUCCGUAUCGUAGACAAGAAGGAAACAAGAACAAGAGGACAGAUGUAAAUAAAGAACAAAGCAUCGCUGCGCCGGAAGAACAUCUGAAAUUGGCUGUACAAGUAUUGACGAGCAAGAGUUGUUCUGAAGAGGGGCUCGAGGAUGCAACAGCUCUGCUGCUUAAUUUGUCUCAUUGUCCUGAUCCUACUAGACAAUUAAUAUUGAAAUUGCUCUUGGAAGGUGCUAUGGAAUUAGCUAAUGUUGUCUGUGAACACAUCAAAGAUUUAUUGAUGGAAUUGAAAGUUCUAAAUCGUGAACUCAGACGAAAUUCUAUCGAAGAGCAACCUUCGACCAGUACUGGUGGUUCUCGUUGGGUUCUUUUAGAUAGGUUUACUAACGAGAAUGUAGUUAUAACUGCACCAAGUAAAGUUAAAGCCGGUAGCGAUCUUCAGUUACCAUCUAUGGCUGCUCUUGUUAGCAAAACUUCUAGUCAGGCAUUUUUCUUAAGAAUACUUAAAGUGAUUGUACAAAUAAGGGAAGCAGUACGUUUAGCAAAUAAUAAGAAAACAUGUGAAGACAAACUUCCAUUAUUAAGUGAAAGCUUAGUACUAGAUCAUUUAUGGGAGACACUCAGCGCUUGUUUAUUAGAAUUGGAAUAUACUCCUGAUCAACAUGCAGUUUUAGUGUUGCAGCCCGCGGUAGAAGCAUUUUUCCUAGUACAUUCAUCGUCGAGUACUUCUCGAGAUCGUCAUCUAAACACAAACACAGAGACUCGCGAGGUCGUUCCUGACCUAACACCUGUUUCACCAAUCUAUUCGGACAAUGAAGGCACAUCUCAAUCAGAAGCUACUAUUAAUACUUCCUGGGACAUACAACCUACGCCACAGAAGACGCUACCACCAGAUCAACUCAAGUUCCUCAAAUUUGCCGAAACGCACAGAACUGUUUUAAAUCAAAUUCUCCGUCAAACGACCACGCAUCUAGCAGAUGGACCAUUUUCUGUGUUAGUGGAUCACACAAGAGUUCUCGAUUUCGACGUAAAAAGACGAUACUUCCGAACGGAAUUAGAACGAAUGGAUGAAGGUAUUCGUAGGGAAGAAUUGGCAGUGCACGUUCGCAGGAACAAUGUGUUCGAAGAUUCGUUCCGUGAGCUUCACAGGCGUAAUGCCGAUGAAUGGAAAAACCGAUUUUACAUUGUCUUUGAAGGUGAAGAAGGACAAGAUGCUGGAGGAUUGCUCAGGGAGUGGUACGUUAUUAUUUCUAGAGAGAUUUUCAACCCUAUGUAUGCUCUGUUCACUGUAAGCCCUGGCGAUCGAGUUACGUACAUGAUAAACUCCUCUUCACACUGCAAUCCUAACCAUUUGUGUUACUAUAAAUUUGUCGGUCGAGUUAUCGCUAAAGCAAUUUAUGACAACAAACUAUUGGAAUGUUACUUCACACGCAGUUUUUACAAACACAUUUUGGGAAUACUGGUGAAACACACAGAUAUGGAAAGUGAGGAUUACAGUUUCUACAAAGGACUUGUAUAUCUCACGGAACAUAAUAUUGCUGAUCUUGGAUACGAAUUGACCUUCUCUACGGAGGUAAACGAAUUCGGUGUGAAUGAUGUGCGCGAUUUAAUACCGAAUGGGCGUAACAUCGUAGUUACUGAAGAAACGAAAUUAGAGUACAUUCGGCUCGUGUGUCAAAUGAAAAUGACUGGAGCAAUUCGUAAACAAUUGAAUGCGUUCCUAGAAGGUUUUUAUGAUAUUAUUCCAAAACGACUGAUCUCUAUAUUCAAUGAACAAGAACUUGAAUUGUUAAUUAGUGGAUUGCCCAAUGUAGAUAUUGAGGAUCUUAAAGCUAAUACUGAAUAUCAUAAAUAUAAUGCAAAUUCUUUACAAAUUCAAUGGUUUUGGCGAGCAUUACGAGGUUUCGAUCAAGCAGAUAGAGCUAAAUUCUUGCAGUUCGUCACCGGAACUUCGAAAGUGCCGUUACAAGGCUUUGCUGCUUUGGAAGGAAUGAAUGGUAUACAAAAGUUCCAAAUUCAUCGUGAGGAUAGAUCGACAGAUAGGCUUCCGUCAGCACAUACAUGUUUUAAUCAGCUAGAUCUACCCGUUUACGAAACGUACGAUAAACUUCGCACGAAUUUAUUGAAAGCGAUCCAUGAAUGCAGCGAAGGAUUUGGUUUCGCCUAAACGUUUCUGCAGAGUUGAAUAAAUUUUGUGUGAUUUUGCACGAAAAUCGAAGAGCGAAGACAAACAAACAAAAGAAAGAAAUAUAACAAAAAAAAAAUACAAGCAAAUGAAUAACAAAGAGAAAAAUAAUUAAAACAUCGAUAAAUAAUUGUAAAAGUACCGAUUGAUCUUCGCUCAAGAUUUAGUAUAUAAAUUUUUACUCCGCUAUAUACAUAUUAAAACUGAAGGCGUAUGUAUAUACGUAAAAUUAACGAUGUAAUUACUGAUGAUUCGUCGCUAGAGUUUAUUUUGUUGAACAAUCUUAAAAAAAAGAAAAAAAAAGAAAA